AUGGGCAGUUGCUUUGCUAAUAGUAGUAACAAAAUUUGGAUAUUUUGGUAUAAGGAUAUAGAAUGCUCAAUUUAUGCCAGUGAAGAUCAAAUGGUUACCUACAGAAUUAUCAAUAACAUCAAUGCCAAGGAAUUCUUUUUAUCUGUGGUCUAUGCUAAAUCUAAGUCAACUGGAAGGGAAUUCCUUUGGGGAUACAUGAGAACUCUUGCAUCUACUACAAACUCCCCAUGGGCUGUUUGUGGAGAUUUCAAUAGUAUUCUAACUAUGGAUGAAAAAUUUGGAGGUAAGCCCCACAGAAUUGGUAAGAGUAUACCAUUUAUAGAAUGUCUGCAUGACUGUGGUCUUAUGGACAUUGGCUAUUCUGGCAACAGGUUUACUUGGUGUAAUGAGAGGAAGGAAGACAAGAUUAUUUGGAAAAGAUUGGAUAGAAUGUUGGUCAAUGACAAAUGGAAUGAUCUAUUUGCUAAUAGUGAAGUUAUUCAUUUACCUAGAGUGAGUUCUGACCACUGUCCUUUGUUGAUAACUUGUGGUAAUGGCCAAGAGAACUAUAUAAAAUACUUCAAGUUCCUCAAUUUUUGGGUUGACCAACCUGACUUCUUGGAUAUUGUGAAGGAUAAUUGGAAAUUUCAGACCAAUGAAAAGGAGCUUGGUGAUGUUGUGGAGCAAAGUGAAGAACAAUUUCUGACCACCCUUGAUCCGGAGGACAAAAUGAAACUUCACAAGGGAAAAGCUGACUUCAUAGUUCAUCAUAAAUAUGUGGAUUCCUUUUGGAGACAAAAGGAAAAUUUAAAGUGGCAAGUAGAGGGUGAUGAAAAUUCCAAGUUUUUACAUUCUGUGGUGAGAGGUAGAAGAAGUAUCGUAAAUAUUAACAGAAUUCAAACAGAUGGGAUUUGGAUUGAGGGGGAUAAUGAAAUUGGACAGGCUGUUGUUGAUUUCUAUCAAAAACUUUCACCAAUGAGGACACUCCCAAUAAUAAUUCCAUUCUGGAAGAUAUUCCCACCUUAG